AUGAGUGUUUUCUCAGCGGAGAGCGGUGGGAGGGAGAAAAAGGGUCAGCCACAGGGCCCGCCCGGAAUGGAAGGAUCGUGUCGCCGUGUCGUGUCGAGCAGUGGCACUAUUAGUGGCAGCAAGCACCGGGCAGCACCAGCAGCACCAGCAGCAAAAACGCCCGCCCGGAGAAGAAUAAGAAGGGAGAAGGGCAGCCAGAAGAGGCGGUGGGCAAAAGUGCUGGGAGUGCAGUGGGCUGCCCAACUCGAUCGACCGACCGCCGGACGCGCCGCAGCCAAUCAGCGCCCUCGCCGAGCCCAAGGGAGCCCUGCGACUCGCUGCUCGGAGCCAGUCCUGCGUAGAAUGGGUCUACCACAAUGCCAUAACAGCACUAUAGUGUUUACCCAGAAAUCCCAGUAUGUUGGCCAGUGUCCCGCUCCGGAGCGCCGACGAGGGAAAAAGGAACAACAACAACAAGAAGAAGGCGAAGCGCGCAGCGGUCGAGGUGCGGGCGAGAGUGUAAGGUUGUCUGUCUGUGAGCGAUCUGGCGUAAAAGUGCUUGUUAUUGGCAAGAUAAUAGAGAAGAAGCAGGGCAACACCAAGAACAGAUAUCAGCUCGGGGCGGGAUGGGCAGCAGCAGUGUUAUAUUCCCAAAGGAGAGCCUCUCUAGGCCUCGUCUUCGAUCUUCGAUCACAUCAAUUUGCCAUCUAA